UUCACGCACAUAGAAGCAGCACUUGUUCAGUCCGCAAGCAGCAGCUCGUCCUCCCGUAAUAUUUUUUAUUUUCUUCUCGUUUCUUCCCCAAAUCCACGGGCAUGCUUCCCCUCUUUCUGCAAAUGAAUUCGAGCGAUUGGAAGGUUCGAGAUGGAAGCAAUCGAAAACAGUCGAUGCAAAUUGUUUGGGAAGGGGAAGAGAGAUUGGGAAUUUGUGUGAUGGUGGGCUUCGGUCACCACAUAGCCAAGAGGAGGCCCUCGCCAUGGAGAAAGGCAGAAAGCUGCCAGGCGGCCGGCUAGCACGCACCGCUCGCUGCCCGGGCAACCCGCGGCCUGCCUGCACGCGACGAGCGGCGGCAGCUUCGGGAGGGAGCCGUCGCCGUAGCUGACGGGCAGGGCCCGUGCGAGCUCCCCGACGGCCCGCAUAAACUACGCGAGAACCCUGUGCCGUCGGCGACGGCGUGUUCCUCUUGACCGCGACGACGAACCCGCCGCAGGCGAACUCCAUGACCUGCACGAGCAGCAGCUGAUCCGAGGGGCACAAGAAUUCUAAGAGAUUGGAGAGUUAGGACGGGCAUGUAGGUGAUUGACGGGAGGAAGAAGACGAGGGAGAAGAUGGGUGGGUGCUGCUGUCAUACAGAUAGAAAGAGAGGGAGCACCAUGCUGCGAUAUGAUAGGGGUAUGGAAGUCUUUUCGCAUACUUCUUCUACGCUAGUCUGGUAAUUUAGCUUGCGAAGUCGGUAAAAUUAGCAGUUUAUUAGUUUCGAUUACGGAGGGUGGGGAAAAGAUGGCUGCGACACCCGCACCCCUCCCUCCGAUCCGCUCGCCCCCUCCGUCCGAUGCGCUCGCCCCUCGCUCCGAUCCGCCGCCCUCCCUCUCGCUCCGGCCCGAAGCGCUCCCCCUCCCGAAGCCCUGCCCCUCGACGUCUUCCCCCUCGCUCCCCCUCACGCCGCAGCAGCCGCCCUCCCGUCGGGCCGUACGUCGCAGCCCGCGAGCCGGUCCGCGCCGCCGCCAUCGUGUCGUCAAGCCAUCCUAGCCCAGCGCCGCCGUCCCGCCAUCCCGCUGCGAGGGGUCCCCGUCCACCCGCGCGAGGAGGCGGGUCCCGCUCCGCUCCGGCGUCCCCGCCGACUUCCCACCGGUUCCAGAGCUCGCACGACGCCGGCUCCUCCCGCGCGCUCGCGACCUCGCCCCGCGCCGGCUCCUCCAGGCGUGUGAGAAGGCUACGCCGCCGCGGCAGGUCCAAUCCCCGUCCCUCCGCGCCGCCGCCGUUGCCCCCACGCUCCCCGUCGUGCGCGGACCGCCCAGCCUCGCCUCGCUCGACGCCACACGGAGGCAUCCCCGCGGCGCGCGGAUCGACGGAUUGACGGCCCGCCGCGCAUCGACGCCGCUCGGGUCGACCACAUCCCCGCCGCUCGGUGGAGCCUCGGACGGUCCUUCGUCCCGUUUCCCAACUUCCCCUCCUCCAGGCGGCUCUGCCCGCAGCCUGCCUCCGCCCGUCGUCACCCACCUUCACCCAUGCCGCGCCCGUCGAUCGCCUCCUCCCGUCGUCCGCCUUCGCAUCCGCCCACGCCGCACCGACGGCCUGCAUGCCGAGCCGCCUGGACGGCCAGCUUGAGUGCCCUCGCCAAUCCAUUCCGCUUUGCUCUCCAGCAGCGCCCGACGCCCGUCUCCCGGCGUGCCUUGAGGCUCUCUGCACGGGGGUGCCUAGGGCCAGAGCUCAUGUGUGCCAGAGCCGAGAGGAGUAAAUUGCACCAAGAGGCCACCACGAGGAGGGAGCUCCCAAGCUCAUGCCGCUCAGGCCAAGAUGCCACACAAUGAGAUUGGACCAAAGAGACACCAGACCCAAGCAGGGUUCUCGUGAAAUGGAGACGCAAGGCAAAAUUAUGCAUUUGCCUUCCCAUGAAGGAGGCAACAAGACAAGCAAGCUCUAAAAGCGUUUGAUGAAACCAGCAAACUGCCAAGGUACUGUGACCUUCUCCAUUUGCCUUCAUGCCCCUAAAGUGUUCGACGAAAUGAGAAUGUAACACAAGCCACAUUUUAUAUUAAAUUUAGUUGUAAUUAUGCUCGGUGACAAUUGACAAAAAUUGAUGCUUGUGAAAGACUGCACAACCCUCAUUGUCGUUUAGUUAUAGGCCAUAGCAAAUCAUCAUGAACAACUGGGUAUUCUGAAUUCUUUGCCUGAAGCUUUUGAUUUUAAUGGUCAAUGGAAAUCCCUUUAAUUAUAUUCUGAAUUCUGGGCACGAACAUGUUCAGUUACAUUAGAUUAUUUAUGAUAAAAAAGCAGUCUUAGACCAAAUAUUUUGAUAUUAUGCCUUAAUCAAUCAUUUGUAUUAAUUCUAUAGCAAACACAUUGCACAUUUUAUUUAUAUAGUAGUUUCUAAUUGCAUAUUCAUUUGGUUCUAUGUUAUUGACUUCAUCAGUGCUAAUUUCUGCAUUUUUCUCUCCUUUACACUUCAAUCAAUGCUGUUAGUGCAUUUUCAGAUUGCACAAUGAGCAUUCUUUCCCUGUAAAGAAGCUGGAACUAAAUGGUGAAUAAAUUAUGAAGAACGAACAUAAUAUUUUCGUCAUUGUAAGAACUUCAGUACAAUGAAUCGUAUAGAAAUGUCCUCUUGUGGGCAAACUCACACUUGCCCUGAAUAUUCUUGCAGAAAUGUUUUCACAUUUGAUUGGUUCAGAUAAGCGGCGUAACAAUGCUAUCACUCCUCAUAUCGGACAUGUGGGCUGUUCUAAUCAAUAUCUCUCUUGAAACUGCCUUAUGUUUAUUUUGUGGCUUUCCGCUGCUUUUAUAAAGAACCAAAUCCACCAUAUUAGGGAAAGCGAUGCACGGAUGUGUGCCGAAUCCACUUUGGUUGCUAAUGAGCUAAAGAGAUUGGUACCAACAAUUAACUUUAUGAUGGGUAUGUACAUUAGAAUCCUUCUCAGAUUGGCACAUAUUGGAAUUGAUAUGAUUUGUUGGUAAGUGACCUUUUUUUAAAUAAAACUUUUGGUAAGCUACUCUAACAUGCCCGGAUGGAUUAUUUUCUUGCCUCUUCUUCCUUAGUAAUGUUUGAAAUUUGAAUUUUUGUAGAAAAUAAAAUAAAAGUUACUAUUGUACAAUGAUAGAUCAGAGCUUGAUUAACCCAAGUGAUUUAUAUGUCCACAAAUACUGAAACUUGAGAAACAGAAUGUUAAAAUCAGGGAAGGAUUAAUUUAGGUGCAUGGCCGCUCGAGUCAUUGAGAUCAGGUGUUCUCUCCUAUUCAGGCUUCAAUUGAUGAUUCCUUUUGUAAAAUUUCAUCAUUCCCUUUAAGAUUAGCAAUUUGUGCCUCGCUAUGCUAGAACUUUAGAUUCAGGGAAGGGUGGACCGAUCAAUUAAAGCAGUAACGGUGCAGGAGGUGAUGCUGAAGCUGUUGACAUCAAUGGAAUCGAGGCGUGGAGGUGGAUGGGGUCAUGCAUGCUAUGCUGUGCUUCUGUCAUCUUGACUAGAGAUGAGCAAAGCAAUGAGUUAUUGUUGAAAGGACCAACACUAGGUCUAAGAGGGGGUGAAUAGACCUUGUUCAAAUUUUUUCUGAAAAUUUUGGCAGAAAAACGUCAGCGGCCGGAUUAUGCGGCUCAAUGUCGGAUCUUUCGGGUUCCGGAUGAUCCGGCCUAGGGUCGGAUCUUCCGGGCGGCGGAUGAUCCGGCCUAAGGUCGGAUCUUCCAGCCGGGAGAAAAUAACCAACAACUAAAUUCAAAAUAUACCUAACUUUUGACGAUUCCCUUUGAAUACAAAGUUGUUAAAAGGUAUUGCAAAAUCUAUGCAGGAAUCCAAUAUACGAGAUCUACAUCUAUCUAGUAGAUCGGGUCGAAACAAGCUCAAGAACGAUAUGAACAACAAUAAGUAAAUGGAAUAUAAGAUUUAAUCCGAAGUUCACUCCACAAAGGAGCUACGUCUCCGUUGAGAUGCUCACAAAGAGCCGGGCUGUCACUAGCCCCCAAGUCUCUCACAAUCAACCACAAAGAAGGAUUGAGUUACUUACUAUUAAUUUUACAAAGAGAGGGGUAAUACAAACUUUCGGGAGCUCAAACCACAAAGGAAACCACAAAGGAACAGGAGCUUACCAGCACCUCUAACCGUCUAGGAGCUGGGCUCCAAGAGUAACAAACGCAAAUCGACGAAUCAAAGGAUGCUUCAAGUGCUUCUUGAGAUGAACAAGUGAAAGCCCACAAAGUGCUCUCUUUCCACACUCCAAAUCUCACUCCCUCUUAAUCCCUAGGUGAAUCCUUGCAAGAAUUAGGUCGUGGGAAGCAACAGCAGUGAAUGAGGGGUGGGGGGGGGGGGGUGAAAGGGUAUAAAUACCUUACCCACCUCAAGUGACCGUUAUGUGUAUUUCUGAGGGGUACUGGAUCAUCCGGUGUUAGUCCGGAUCAUCCGAGCAAGCAACAGAAUAGGUCAAAAUACACUACGCAACGCCCAUGGCCGGAUCAUCCGGCCUAGGGUCGGAUCAUCCGACAGGCAACAGAAGGUUUCAGGCUUAGAGGCCGGAUCAUCCGGCCUAGGGCCGGAUCAUCUGUCCCAGAUGAAUUUAGAAGGUAGAUUUUCUCAAAAAAAAAUUUUAUCUCAAACUGAAGUACUUUGACAUGAUAGAUCAAUCGAUAGCAUCCCCGUUUAUAGCACGGUGGUCCUAUACUCAAAUUCAAAAUGAAAAUCUGAAUUAGAUCACCAGUGAACUCCACCACCAUACAUAUUUGAAUUGGGGACCUUCUUUUCAUCAUCUUCUCAAUUCUUUCAUUUUAUUCCUGCACACAACUUCAUCAAAGCAUCAUAUCCCAAAUUGUGAUUGUCAAGAAUCAUCAAAAUCAAUUAGGGGUCUAGAUGCACUUUUAAUCUCCCUUUUUGGUGAUUGAUGACAAUACCAAUUUGGGCUCACAAGGGAGGAAUAAAAUUCAUGAAUUGUAAACGACAAAAUGGAAGAGCUCCCCCUAAAUAUGUGCAUGAACAACUCAAAGUGGUCUCAAAUACCAAUGCACAUAUUUAGGUGAACUUCCCCUAAGACUUUGCAUUGAAGUGCUCAAGUGUGAUGAAAAUAACCGUGAUGCAUAUGAUAAGAUAUUCAAAUCAACAAAGUGACAAAUAACAUUACAUCAUCCACACGUAUAAAGCUAAUAAAAAAAUCAAGUUCAUCAUCACACUAGCAAAUAAGUUUUACAAAUUAUCAAAUAAGUUAAUAAAGUUCAUUAUCACCAAACAUGACACCAAUAUAUUGUUCUUACAUGUCCAAAGAUAAAGUUCGAUAAGACAUAAAUUAAGAUAAAAUGACGACGAUGGCACCCAAAUAUCACUCCCCUUUGGCAGCAAGCACCAAAAAGGAAGCUGUUCAUCAGCUCACUCGGACUCGGUCUCGUCAUCGCCACCUUCUUCCUCUUCCUCUUCAUCACUAUUGGCUUGACCCCCUUGGAAGGACAUCUUUUAUCCUCCAUAGUCAAGCUCAACAUCUUCACCAAAUUGAUACUCUUGAGGAACAUAAUCAUCCCAAGAAUCGUAGAUGGAUGGUGAAGAAGGAAAGUCUCGAGGCUCACGAACGGGAGAAUGAGGAAUGUCAAAUUUGGCCAUUAGCUCCUUUUGCCUCCUUUCUAACUUGAGGAGUUUCUCAUCCAUAUAUCUUGUAUGUUCUCGCAUUUCAUGUGCAUUUUGGCGACACAUAUUGAAGUAAGCAAAAAUGCCUUGAGCAAUAAAGGAUAAUUUGCCUUUCUUGGAUUUGGAAGCCUUGCGCCCGCGAAAAGUAGAUGGUGCCGUAGGAGAAGGUGGAGCAGCUCGCGAAGAUGAUGCACCGGGAGUGAAGUUCGAAGCAUAGGCACCCGGAAAGGGUUCAGAAGCAGGAAUCCCCGUGCCAUGACCGGCAAUAUGAAGAGUCUGUUCGAUCUUUCCUUUGUUUGAUCGAUAGGCCAUAUGAAUGGUGCUGUGCACUAUGUUGAGCUGAGUUGCCGCCUUAAUUAUGUGAAAGAUGUACGGAGCAUAAUGGCAUGCACUAGAUGAAUCAGAUGAACAAGCAAUGAUCUCAUGCCAAAUAAACUCCAUGACAGCAAACUUGGGACGAUCGGGGGCUAUUUGAGCUAGUAGGUUUUUGGCUCUAGAGGAUAUUUUAUCUGAGUCACCACCUCCAGGAGUGAGAGUGAAUCUAAAGAGAGUGUGUUGAGCAUCUUGUAAUAAGGAGUGAGGCUCUUGAUUUGCCCAUACAUUAUAUCUCCAUAAGCUCUAUCAUACAUGAAGUGCAUCUUGGAGGGCUCAAUUUCAUUAUCUUCAUGCAAGUCAACCUUGGAGUUGUCACGACCCACAAUGUAGCCACCCUCAUAAACUGUAGAGUCUCCAGUUUGAUCAAAUAAAAUACUAAACUGAGCCAUGUUGUAUCUGAAUCGCUUUCCUCCGAUUGACCAAUGGAUGGUUCGCUCAUCUUUCUCAACAAAUAGUGUGGCAUAGAAUUGAGCCACAAUCUCUUCAUUCCAAUCACAAUCUGAAACUCAUGAUCUUCACAAGAUCCAUCUUACUGCAGCGAUCAUACACAGCCUCAACCACUUCCUUAACUGGUGAUGACAACCUUUUCAAAUGAUCCCAAUCAAUCCACCUCAUCUCAGUGGUAACGUGCUUCUUGGUCAUGAUAACUGAUUCAUACCAAUCAGCUUGAUGGGGAAACCAAAAGCGAACAUUUUUAAAGAAACUGCGCUCAACAUGUCUAGGAUCUUCACUAUAUCGAAGCGUUGAGAUAGAGUUGCCACCCCUCUUGUAAUUCACCAUUGAGGGAUCAUAGGGGUCACGAGUUGGGCGCAUGAUACUAACAACCAUGGUUUCUAGAUAUGAAAGAUCAAUAUCAUCAUCACACUCAUCUGUUGGACGGCUAAUACUUGCAUGCUUCAUUCUGGGACGACCACUGGAACUUCCGGCAGCCGUCGAGCCUCUCCCUUGAGGAAUUUGUGCACCACGUCCUCUUACAUCCCUUCAAGGGACGAUUUUCUUUCUUGUCUUUUCUUUAACGUACACCUCUCCAUCGGAACCGGUUUCAUACUCCGUUGAUUCGGAGUCGGUGGGAGGACCCUUGUUCUUGGUCACCUUUUCCCUCACCAUCUAGAUCAAAAGAUUAACAAAAAUUUAGGAUAUGGAUCGAGAGAACGAUAUGAAUUCAUGAGCUUGUUGUUCAUCCCCGAGCAGGGCCGGAUGACUCAAUGGUGGGCCGGAUGAUCCGGCUCCCGGAUCAUCCGAACUAGGGCCGGAUCAUCCGUCCUGCUCUGAGAUGGAUCUUGUAGAGAUGAUGAGUUUCAGAUGUGAUUGGAAUGAAGAGGUUGUGGCUCAAUUCUAUGCCACACUAUUUGUUGAGAAAGAUGAGCGAACCAUCCAUUGAUCAAUCGGAGGAAAGCGAUUCAGAUACAAUAUGGCUCAGUUUAGUAUCUUAUUUGGUCACACUGUAGACUCUACAGUUUAUGGGGGUGGCUACAUUGUGGGUCGUGACAACUUCAACGUUGACUUGCAUGAAGGCAAUGAACUUGAGCCCUCCAAGAUGCACUUCAUAUAUGAUAGAGCUUAUGGAGAUAUAGUGUAUGGGCAAAUCAAGGGACUCAUUCCUUAUUACAAGAUGCUCAACACUCUCUUUAGAUUCACUCUCACUCCUGGAGGUGGUGACUCAGAUAAAAUAUCCUCUAGAGCCAAGAACCUACUAGCUCAAAUGGCCCCCGAUCGUUCCAAGUUUGCUGUCAUGGAGUUUAUUUGGCAUGAGAUCAUUGCUUGUUCAUCUGAUUCAUCUAGUGCAUGCUAUUAUGCUCCGUACAUCUUUCACAUGAUUAAGGCGGCAACUCAGCUCAACAUAGUGCACAGCACCAUUCACAUGGCCUAUCAGUCAAAUAAAGGAAAGAUCGAACAGACUCUUCAUAUUGCCGGUCAUGGCACGGGGAUUCCUGCUUCUGGACCCUUUCCGGGUGCCUAUGCUUCGAACUUCACUCCCGGUGCAUCAUCUUCGCGAGCUGCUCCUCCUUCUCCUACGGCACCAUCUACUUCUCGCGGGCGCAAGGCUUCCAAAUCCAAGAAACGCAAGUUAUCCUUUAUUGCUCAAGACAUUUUUGCUUGCUUCAAUAUGUGUUGUCAAAAUGCACAUGAAAUGCGAGAACAUAGAAGAUAUAUGGAUGAGGAACUCCUCAAGUUAGAAAGGAGGCAAAAGGAGCUAAUGGCCAAAGUUGACAUUCCUCAUUCUCCCGUUCGUGAGGCUCGAGACUUUCCUUCUCCACCAUCCAUCUACAAUUCUUGGGAUGAUUAUGUUCCUCAAGAGUAUCAAUUUGGUGAAGAUGUUGAGCUUGACUAUGGAGGACAAGAGAUGCCCUUCCAAGGGGGUCAAGCCAAUAGUGAUGAAGAGGAAGAGGAAGAAGGGGCGAUGACGAGACUGAGUCCGAGUGAGCUGAUGAACAGCUUCGUUUUUGGUGCUUGCUGCCAAAGGGGGAGUGAUAUUUGGGUGCCAUCGUCGUCAUUCUCAUCUGAGCAUGAUUCCACAACCACAUGUUCUUUCUCGGAGGAUGCACCAAUACCGGAGUUAUCACCGAUCCCGGCCAUAGUGUGUUUUCCUUAGCGGUUAAGCCUUAAUCAAGGGAUUAGGCUCUAAUACCAAUUGAAAGGACCAACACUAGGACUAGAGGGGGGUGAAUAGGCCUUGUUCAAGUUUUUCCGGAAAAUCUUGGCAGAAAAACGUCAUCGACCGGAUGAUUCGGCUCAAGGUCGGAUCUUUCGGGUUCCGGAUGAUCCGGCCCAGGGUCGGAUCUUCCGGGCGGCGGAUGAUCCGGCCUAAGGUCGGAUCUUUCAGCCGGGAGAAAAUAACCAACAACUAAAUUCAAAAUAUACUUAACUUUUGACGAUUCCCUUUGACUACAAAGUUGGUAAAAGGUAUUGCAAAGCCUAUGCAGGAAUCCAAUAUACGAGAUCUACAUCUAUCUAGUAGAUCGGGUCGAAACAAGCUCAAGAACGAUAUGAACAAGAAUAAGUAAAUGGAGACACAAGAUUUAAUCCGAAGUUCACUCCACAAAGGAGCUACGUCUCCGUUGAGAUGCUCACAAAGAGCCGGGCUGUCACUAGCCCCAAGUCUCUCACAAUCAACCACAAAGAAGGAUUGAGUUACUUACUAUUGAUCUCACAAAGAGAGGCGUAAUACAAACUUUCAGGAGCUCAAACCACAAAGGAAUGGGAGCUUACCGGCACCUCUAACCAUCUAGGAGCUGGGCUCCAAGAGUAACAAACGCAAAUCGACGAAUCAAAGGAUGCUUCAAGUGCUUCUUGAGAUGAACAAGUGAAAGCCCACGAAGUGCUCUCUUCCCACAUCCCAAAUCUCCCUCCCUCUCAAUCCCUAGGUGAAUCCUUGCAAGAAUUAGGUCGUGGGAAACAGCAGCAGUGAAUGAGGGGGGUGAACGGGUAUAAAUACUCCACCCACCUCAAGUGACCGUUAUGUGUAUUUCUGAGGGGUACCGGAUCAUUCGGUGUUAGUCCGGAUCAUCCGAGCAAGCAAUAGAAUAGGUCAAAAUACACUAUGCAACUCCCAUGGCCGGAUCAUCCGGCCUAGGGUCGGAUCAUCCGACAGGCGACAAAAGGUUUCAGGUUUAGAGGCCGGAUCAUCCGUCCCAGAUGAAUUUAGAAUGUAGAUUUUCUCAAGAAAGAAUUUCAUCUCAAACUGACAUACUUUGACAAUCUGGAUCAAUCAACAGCAUCCCCGUUACGGUGGUCCUAUACUCAAAUUCAAAACGAAAAUCUGAAUUAAAUCACCAGUGAACUUCACCACCGUACAUAUUUGAAUUGGGGACCUUCUUUUCAUCUUCGUCUCAAUUCUUUCAUUUUAUUCCUGCAUAUAACUUCAUCAAAACAUCAUAUUCCAAAUUGUGAUCGUCAAGAAUCACCAAAAUCAAUUUGGGCCUAGAUGCACUUUCAGUUGUCCGGACAGAAACAAUCACUUGCAGGUCCGUGUGAUCCACUUUCACAUGAUGUGUAUGUUGAAUGGCUAAGAUGAAUUUGCAUUUCUUUUUCAGGCCAUUUGAUUCUUGUCUCAUGAACUGUGCCUUCAAUAUGAAAGUCUAUAAGGUAGUGAUAUAUGCUAGAAGAACAGUAAAAUCCAUAAUUAUGAUAUUACCUUUGGACAGACAUGUCCCAAUGCCUGGGACCUCUUGUGUUGGAAGUGAAGAGUCAAAUACAGUUUGUUUUGGAGCUAGACAUCUGAUAGAAAAUGGAUCCGCAGCAUUCCUAUAGAAACUGCAUAUGUAACCUCAUCAUUCUUUAGUAGGUUGCAAGGAUGGUUCACACUAUGGAUAAAAAAUAACAACAUAGCUGAAAGAGAAUUCCUCAUCUUCACAAGUAGUUUACAGUUUUACUGAGUAGAGAUAAUUGAUAUUUAGGUAGGGGUUGGAAGUGUCCUUCCGGUCGUGAUGAAUGUUCGCCCCUAUUGUUUCUUUUAUCAGCUUGAGUACUUGGAUAUCCCAAUACACUGUUCUAAUUGGACCACUAAUCAUGCCAAAUUAAUUGGAUUGGUUGGUGCUACGAGGAGUUUAGUUGUUUAUAUUGUUUCUCCAUAUAUCGUUGGUAACUGCCUGCGAGGGAGGACAUAGUGAACCUUUUACCUAUACCUAGUAAAUUUACAGUUUUUCAGAUUGUUUAUUUGUCCCACUUUAGUGUUUUAACUGUCUUAUUGAUGUAACAUCCUUAACUAGAUAUCAAAAGAAGGAAGAGGCCACAAUGAUCAGUAGUAUUAUGGUAGCAACCUUACUUCCUUCUUUCUCCAUGGAAAAUAUCCACAUCAAACAGAACAGCAUAUUGAAUUUCUCAUCAUAGGGGUAAAACAGUUUGCCAUACUUUUUUUUUUGCAUGAUUAAUUUUGUAACCGAUCAUCCAUGACUCAGUUGUAGUUUAGUAAGCCAAACUAG